UCUGCUUUCUUUAGUUUGGAAGACAAAAGAAUACAUCCAGGAUGUGAAUUCUCUUUUGCUGAAGCAAAGAGAGCAGCAGUUAGGGGAGAAGGAAAGAAAUGUCUUGGGCACUGUGCACUAUUACUCAGUAUAACUCCAUGAGGCAUGACAGUACUUAGGCAAGCAAGGCUGAUACUCUAAAACAUCAGAUACUUCGAUAGAGGCAGCUCAUUCCUUAGAAACCUACAUUACUCUAGUUCUGAGGAGGGGUUGGUGCUGGUUCUGCUGGACGCUGCUAUGGAAGGCUGUGAUCGUACUCUACAGUGACCUGGGUUAUGUUUGAAGAAGACGUUGCUUUGUGUUUAAUCUUUCUGUGACCUACUGGAAUUCAGAUCUCAGCCAUUUUUCAGUAUCGGUUUCGAAGCAGUUACUUGAGCUCCACAGCUGCCCCGAGGCAUUUUAGUUCUGGGCAAGUUAAAGUUCAUCUUUAACAGCCGGCUGUCCUGCAGAGACUGGGCCAUCGCUAUUGUCCUGCAGCAUUCGGUUCACAGGUGGAAAUCAAAAUGCACACAGAAUCUAUUUUUAUUUCACACAAUUCUUUUUUAAAUUCACAGUAAAUGCAGUGCACGGGAGUGCAAUAUUUGUCAACACGAUUCACUGGAGCAUCCACAACAUUCAUUUGAUCUUAACUCAAGGAAUCUGAUCAGCCUCCUUGGAAGGAUUCACCAAAUGUACUUGGUUUAGUUUUGGAAAGUGCUGUAACUUGAGUGCACCUCAUUCUGCUGGCACAAACAUUCCUGUGACACUCUCACGACUCCUCCUUGGUGUCACCCUGUGCUGCUGGAGAGAAGCAGGGAAGGUGCAGCCUUUCUGUGUCUUUUCCAUGCCAAGGAUGCUACCAUUCACUUCCCGACAGUGAGGACUAACUGCCUUUUGCUGGAAAACCAUAAGCUAAAUAAUCCUUUUCCCUAGUGAAAGGGAAAGGUGUCAGAAGCAAAGCUAUGAGAGACUUAUGAUCUAAACGUCCGGUGCCAGUUUCAACCACAGCACCCAGAAUUGACUCUCCCAGGGCUGUAAUUCCCCACCAGAAGGAACCUGCUUGGGAAAUGAAUGGCAACAGAACAACCUUCAGUCCUCUAACUAACACGGCGACUGGGCCUGUGGGUAGUAUUUUAGCAACCAAUGGAACGUUUUCAGGCUACCUCAACAAGCAAGAGAUCAGCUUUUCAAAUAGUUCUUCCUACUUAAAGACUACUGCAGUUAGAUCUUCCAUAUCCUCUCAGUCUGUGACUCCUGACAUUUCACCUGCAAAGAGUAAUCUAGGUUCAAAGCUAAGCCCCGUGUUGACGGAUGGCAAUAGUCCUUUGCACCAGCUGAGCCCUGCGAGGCAGUAUAACAACCCCAUUGGGCUUUACUCAGCAGAGACUCUAAGGGAAAUGGCUGAGAUGCAUAAAUUAAGUCUCAACCGAAGGGCUUCGGAAGGUGGACUUCCUAGAGGUAGCCUUCCUCUUAAAGAUCCUCACGUAGACAGUGCCUCUCCGGUGUACCAGGCUGUGCUUAAAACUCAGAACAAGCCUGAAGAUGAGACCGAAGACUGGAGUCGCCGUUCUGCCAAUCUGCAGUCUAAGUCUUUCCGCAUCCUUGCCCAGAUGACUGGAACGGAGUACAUGCAAGACCCAGAUGAAGAAGCCCUGAGGAGGUCAAGAGACAAGGAAAAUGUUGCUGCAGCAUCAGAAAACAGGCCUAUGGCUACUGCGCAUGCGCCACAGUAUGUGACCUCCAGUACUUGGCAUCCUCCUAAAUCAGGCACCAUGGAUGCCAACACUGACAGUGCUAAGCCAGUGGCCUCCAAGGGCUCUGAGAGGUUUGGAGCAGGUACAAGUCAGAGGGAGGCCAUUUUCAUCCCUCCUGGCCAGAAAAUCCCUCUUACUUCAUCCAGUAAUCGAAGUACCCCUGUCGAGCAUGCUCCGGUGUCUACCAGUUCUGCCUCUGCUCCUGCACCACAUGCUUCAGCACAUCAGCCUGCUACCGCUGCUCAAAAUACAGCCGGUCUGAUGACACCACCAGCAACCACCUCAGUAGUGCAAGAGUCUUUCUCAUCCUCCUUCCAAAGAGUGCCUGCAGCCCCCAGCUCUCUUUCACAGCCUAAGGCUUUCCAUGGGUCCAGGAACAUGUCGUUAGCAGCUUCCACUAUUUCGUCUGCUAUCUCAUCUCAGUCUAGUUUCAACCGGCAUUCUUCCACCUCCAUCAGUUACCAGUCAAAGCAGAGAAACACCAGCCAGUCAUAUACACCACUGCCAGUUUCUGGAAACUAUGGUGAGAGUCCUGCUGCUUCAAAACCGAGAGUUGUUACUACUGCCAGCAUAAAGCCCUCUGUCUACCAGCCAGCACCAGCACCAGUUCAUUCCUACACUCCUGCCAACGCUGAGCCUGCAAGCCGCCCUCCCUGGGUAACAGAUGACUCCUUUUCCCAGAAAUUUGCACCUGGAAAAACUACCACCACCGUCACAAAGCACAUCCUACCAAGGGGUGCUCCAGUACCAUCCUCUGCCUCAACUCCUGCUUACCCAUCUCCAGUUUCAACUUCUUCCCAGGCUCCUGCAGUAGCCCGGGGAACAUUUCAGAGGGCUGAGCGUUUUCCAGCCAGCAGCCGAACUCCUCUCUGUGGGCACUGUAACAGCAUAAUUCGGGGUCCUUUCCUGGUAGCCAUGGGUCGCUCUUGGCACCCAGAAGAAUUCAAUUGUGCUUACUGCAAGACAUCCUUGGCUGAUAUGUGCUUUGUGGAAGAGCAGAAUAGCGUGUACUGUGAGCGCUGUUAUGAACAGUUCUUUGCACCAACCUGUGCCAGGUGCCACGCUAAGAUCAUGGGGGAAGUGAUGCAUGCCCUAAGACAGACCUGGCACACAAGUUGCUUUGUCUGUGCUGCUUGUAAGAAGCCGUUUGGAAAUAGCCUCUUUCACAUGGAGGAUGGGGAACCUUACUGUGAGAAAGAUUAUGUUGCUUUGUUCAGCACAAAAUGCCAUGGCUGUGAUUUUCCUGUUGAAGCUGGAGAUAAGUUCAUUGAAGCUCUUGGACACACUUGGCAUGAUACCUGCUUCAUUUGUGCUGUAUGCCAUGUGAAUUUGGAAGGUCAGCCGUUCUACUCCAAGAAGGAUAAGCCACUGUGCAAGAAGCAUGCCCAUGCCAUCAAUGUUUAAAAACAGAGUUGGUAGUCAGUAAUGCUGAGGGAAAACAGAUGACUUAAGUGGGCAAUUAUAAAGUUGAUAACCAUGGCUAGCAUUUCUCUUGGUAAAAGGUAGGAAGUUGAUACUUCUGAAGUUUAACUUUAACCUCUUUUGUAAAUGCAGAACGUGCUUUUGCAAAGUUUGUACAAAAACCUACUGAGUGAACACCCAAAACCAAAUGAACCAAGCAACAGUUGGGGAAAUACUGAAAUUAACUAAAAUCUAUAAUGUAAAAAGUAAUGCACAAAUACAAUUUCAACUGAACUACCCACGGCAGUUUCACUGCUUAGACCACACAGUAGUGUUUAAGAACAACUGGAAGAGUCCUUUGUAGCAAGUAAUUUUCUUUCUUAACAAGAACGAAUGUGCCACAUAAUAAUCUGCAGAACCAAAGGCCAUAGCUUUCAAAGGGAAAUAAAGAGAUUAGGGUUUCUUCCAUGAAAAGUGGCUGCUUUUUCAUUACCUUGUGGUGCUACCUCAUAGCAUCAAAUAUUUUAGAUUCCUUCCAAAUAAGAAGUCUGCCUUGAAUCCAUAUAUAGCUGGGGAAGCCUAGGAGACAAUCCAUACUUAGUUUGAAAACAAAGUGGGAAGCAAAUUAAAUCCUCCCUUAAUCCAGUAAAAUUGAGGAAAGCACAUUGGGUCAACCUCAUUAGCGCACUUGGCUUAUACAUGCACAGUAGAUGAGUUUACUCUCAAAUAAUGAUGGAAAAGGACAACUGGCUAUAAGUUGCUCUCGCAUUUCAUGGAAUGGAGCUGGCUGGUAAAGCCAGCUUUUAAUUCAAAACCAGUUUUCCUUCCCUCUUAUGGAAAAAAAUACUCAAAGUUGUCUUGGUUUUUAACUCCCAUUGGUAUCAGUGUAUCAGUGGGAGAUAGGAAUCUACAUCUGGACCUUCACGUUGAUGGACACAGAGGACAGACAUCCAUUCAGCACAGCUAGAAGUGGGAGACAGCUUGCAAGAGUUCCCUACUCUAUCCCACCUUUUUAGGAAAAGGGCAUCUUUUUUUUUUUCCCCUAUAGCAAAUUAACAUUGUUUAAAAAUUCAUAAGGCAGCAUUAACACCACAGGCACAUAAUCUUGAUUCCUUUCGUUAAUGUAAAUGCAAGACGUCCUGAAUUGUAGUAGCAUUUCCCAUUCUAAAACAGUAUAUGGGCUCUGACAGAAGAUCAUAGAGAUCUUUUCUAAUAUUCUAAGAACAACUUUCAAGUUGUUCAGUUAUUUAUAAACCUUUUAUUUUGCAAAACAGCAACACUUGUAGCACUGAUAAUACUUUCAGAUUUUUAAUUUUAAGUAUCAUUGACUUUUGUGUUGGAGACAGCACUUUUGUCUGACAGAAAAUAAGAGUUAAAAUGGAAAAUAAUCACUUCAAGUUUCAUUAAUAGUAAGUUGUUUAAGUGAGAAUUACGAUGUGUGUGCUGACAGCUUGCAGUACUGACAAUUUUGAAUUACUGUUUCUGAGGUGGAGGAUGUGUUUUGUGGGCCACAUUCUGGUGCCAUAUGCACCUUGUUUUACUUUGUGUUUUGAGUAAGAAAGAAUGACGUAGCAUUGUCUGCCUUCUCCCUCCUAUGGGUAAUGCCGAUUUUAAGAAAAGUCUUUUUAGGGAUGAAUAACUAUCCAAUGCUUGGGGGGAAGGGGAGGAAUAAAAGAAAUUUGGCAUUCUAAUAGGAGAGUUAAGUUAGCUGCAGGUAGUCUGCAUCUUGUACAACAGUAACAACUUGACCUGACUGUGGCAGUUUUGCCAUGUAUGACCUCUAUUUAUUCAGGAGGUAUCCUUGUUCUCACUGAUCUUAGCUGUGAUCUGGCCUGAGUGCUACAGGGUCAGAUUUUUCUAUGCACGAAUUAUUCUGAAACAAUAGUACUUUAUAUGCAAAGCCCUUUUUUUUUUCUAUAGCAAAUAGAUUUUUGUUUUCAGUUGAUUCUGGGCUGGUUUGAAUAUGGUUCCAUUGAUUACAAAAUCCAAAGGUCUGGUUCAUACUGUUCUCUAGAAGAAUAAAUUGUAAUCAUGGAAGUUAAAUAUUUUUUCACUCAUAUCUGACUUUUUAAAUACAUUUCUAGGUUUCCUGUUGAUUUUUUAAAGUCAUUCAACAAAAUGGUUUUUAUUAUUCUCUGUUAUUUAAGAGAAUUCAUAUCAGUAUAUUAUAUACUAAGACUGCAUUGAAGAUAUUCUUUAAGCAGAUUUCUGUGUUACCACUGACUGGGAGUGUAUCUCUUAGUGUCAACAUCAGAGCAGGGAGUCGGACUCCUUGGGACGACACAAAAUGCUAGGGCUUGUGAUGCCUCAGAAUUUCAUGAGGUCUUUCACCUCUAAUGUGCAUGUGUCUAUGUGUGUGUCUCCCUUUCCACCUUCCCCCUCAAUGUCCCUAAAAGCUCCCUCUCCACUGGCAACUUGAAGGGCACAGCGUUUUGGGAGAUGGUCAGAGCAGCAGCAGGGCUGCAGUCUGCGCAAAGAUGGUGGGAGGCAGCCCAACAGGGGCUGUCUCCUCGUCACACACACUCCCAGGGGAGCCCAGAUUGCCAGCUGAAGUGGCCCAGCUCAGCCUGCAAAAUGCUGAGAACAGGAAAAGGCAGGCUUGGAUCAGAGAAGAGAAAGCACCUGCAGCAGCUCUGGGGACCUCUGGUUGAGUGUGAAAAGAUGAGGCAUUGAGGAGAUGGGAAGCCCACACUGCAGCUGGGGCUGGAGGAGGGGGAAUAGCUAGGGAAAGCCAGUUUCACCGACAUGGGAGAUAGUUAGGGUGGGGCAGAGGAGGGAAGGGGAAUAGGCGGGAUGACUCACUACAGUCAGGGAAAGGGCUUGAAGUGGGAAAUUAGGGUAGGGGAAGCUCACAAUUGCCCAGAGAGAUAGUAUGAAUAUGUAUAGAAGGAGCGAGCAGGACGGAGAGCGGAUCCAAGGUAGUAAAUCUGAAGUCAGUGCUGCAGAAAGGUGAAUGCAGUGUGUGUAAGCAUAGCUUGAACUAGCGUCUGCAGUGGCAACCAUGAAAAUGCAGCAGCAUUCAGACUUCAGCGUACUAGCUUCAAGGAGUCCUGAAAAUUUCCUUUUCAGUGGGAACCGGACUAGCUUUAAAGUCCUGAAAACUUCCUUGGACAGAUAACCUGCACUGUAACACAUGCCCUGACUCCAGCUGGUGUCUGAGCAAGUGAGAUUAAAACUAGUUUACAUAUCACUAUAUGAGGUACAGUGAUAUCUCUGAAUGAAGAACAGAGAUACCCUGAGGAUUAUCAUGUAAUAAAUUUCCUGUUUUGACUUGUGCUGCUUCAUAAUGUGGUCCAAUAAUAGGGAAUCCACUUACCCACCCUUUAUAUCAUAUUAAGGUAUAAUUUUUGCACAUAUAUGAACCAGAAAUUUGUGAAUAAUAAUGUAGCAUUGUAACUUUCACAGGGGUAGAAUACCACAUAACUGCUGAUACUCUGCUGCUGUCACCUUUGAGAUACGGAGGGGGAAAGAUGCGUAGAUAUAUAUAUAAAAUUGAGAAUAGGGCCCUUCAACUAUCACUGAACGUCAAUGCUGUACAAAAAUAUGCAAGAUGAAUACAGUGUACUUGUUUGUUUUACAUCAUGUAACAGAUGCCUGGGAGAAGUCCUAAGUUCCUUUAAAUAUUUCUUUUAAUUCUAAUUAAGGUGAGGUUUUACAUAGUAAAACAAAGAUACUGUACUUCUGAAUGACCAACAAAAAGACCAGUCUUUUACCAAAUUCAAAAGUGUCAGAGGCUUCAAAAAUUAUCUUAAUGCUUUUUCUCUUUUUCUGUUCUUUUUGUAGAACAGAGUAGAUUAAAUUUCCAAAUACAACUGCUUUUAUUAUCUGGAAAAAAAAAACCACCUUAAGCCUUCUUUUUUUAGAAGUUAGCUUUUACUAUAUUUGGUUUACUUAUUACACAUUUCUAAAUGAAAUUAAAAACAAGGAAUAAUAUUUUACUUUGGUCCUUCAGUGGUCAGUACUUCGGGUGAAAUGUUUUGUUAAAGAUUAUAUGUAUUUAUGUUUAAUAAUGUGAAUGUCCACAGCACUGAACACACUCAUUAGUGUCUAAUGCUGGGCACGCUAAUGUGUAUUUGCAAUACUUGUCUUCCUGGUAGCAGAUAUUAAUUUCUUUAGUAUUUAUAAACAUUAGAAUUUGAAACGGAGUGAUUUCUUGCCUGCAGUGAUCAUAUUAGAAGUCUAGGUUUUAUAAUAUAUUGACAUGUUGACUUGAUGCCACAAGUGCCCUUGCUUUUAGAUACAUAUUUUUUCUGAAGUUCCUAGUUAUUUCAGAAACAGAAUGUAGUGUGGUUUAUGAGGUGUGAGUAACUACCUUGCAUGGAUUACCUGUGCCAACGUGAACAAAACAGACUAGUAAUAAAAGCAAUGUGCAAAUACAGUUAAAGCUUUAUGAUUUGGGCAUAUUUAUUAAUAAGGCAUGUGAACAGCUGACAGCUUUCAGCCAUGUAAUACUGAUAAGAAAGCACACAAAAGCUUGUACUCUCUACUUCAGACCUGAAAAUAAAAAUUAAAAGCAUUGGUUUCAACCUUAUUGUAUAUCAAUCUCGAAUGUUUUAUUAACCAAAUAACACUGUUUUAAGCAAACAAAUGUUAGUAAGUUUAAAAGAUGUAGUGUGCACUAACAGUACAUGUUGUAACUUAGCAAGACUUGUAUAGUCACAUAUCUUAUUGUGUCAACAAACAGUGUUUAUAGUAACUUUAUAAGGAACGGAUAAAUUCUGUCUUAGGCUACAUCAAUGCAUCUGAGAACAAAGUUCAGUUGCGUAAGUUCAGGUGGGUGUUCUUCCGUUCCUUAGUAGAAGUGACUUUAAAUAAGAUACAAAAUGUUUUAAAUGUCCUCAUUGAGCACUAGUGCCAAGAAAUACUUCUAAAUGAAAGGAUUUCUUCAUGUAACAGCGUGGCUUAGAAAAACAGCCAUUUUGAACAUUCCUAAUCCACACCCCUCAGGAAUGCAGGAUUUUAAAAGAUACAACCAAUUAUGUUAAACCUAAUUAAGAGGUUGUCUGAUAAAUGAACAGGCUUGGCUUUAGACAGCGUUACAAAGUACAGAAACAGGAAUCACAAAUUUGUGCCCUUUGCUUUUAUUCUACAGCCCUAAUUUCUGUCUACAAUAUGCAUGAGUUAAAAAUUCAAACAAGUGAGCAGAACAUAAGCAAAAGUGCUGUUUUUCAGAUUCUGUUCUGGCUGUCAGCCUUUGCACAAAACAAUGGUUCCUAAACUCUGCACUGUGAUCCCUGGACAGUUCAGCUGUUGGAAGUGGAAGCAAGAGAGGCACAAGCAUAGCACUGUGCCAGCUAAUGGGGUGCAUAGUGAAUAGAGCAAAGUUCAUUAGAAAAGGACAUGAUGCAAAAUGGCUUGACAAGUGUUGCAUUAAGAGAUUAUUAAAAGAAGAAAGAUUACAAUUUGCUCUGAAUGAUUUAAAAACUAUACGCUUUGGCAUGUUUCGCCCCCACCUCCCAAUCACGAAUCUUAAAUUCAGCCAGUUUCUGUUGAUUAAAGAAGGAAGGAAUGUGUGAAUAAGAUUGCUGAAACCAUAUUGAAUACACAAUGAAAUGCUUUGUUCUCCCAGCCAAAUCAAAGAGUUAUGGAUGAGAUUCAGAUAAUAUUCAGGCAUAAACUCUGUGCUGUAUGCCUAUAAAACAUGCCCUUAGAUAGCUGUUAAAAGUACAGUUCCUGCUCCUCUUGGGAAGAUUACAUCAAAGGAAAACAGUAACAAAUGUGUGUUGCACUAAUAAGGACUGUCAGUCUGAGUCACAAAAAUUUGACAAGCAGAAUGAAUUUUUUUCAAGUGAAGCUAAACUUUUCAACAAAAUGUGGUUUUCCUUUAAAAGUUUCCAGAUUUAAACUGUUAGGGAAUAAUAAAUUAGUAUGCAUACAGUAUCAUUAAUAAACCUGCCUCCACUACAAAAGUAUUUUCUAAUCUUACUACUUUAGAAUUUAGAUUAUUUUCAUUAAUGACAAAGAUGUUAUGGAAAUUCUUCUUUCACUUAGUUUUACUUUGCAUAGCAUUACUGCAAAAGCAUCAAAGUAUUUCUUAAACCUAUUUAUUUAUUUAUUUUUCUUUUAAUUCAAAGAUACAGAUAAUAAGACAACUUCGAAUUUAUGAAGGUGACAGUCCUUCCAGUGCUUGUGGAAUGAAUACUGCUUGCUACAAGAAAGCUAGGAAAUGUGCUGUUCUCCUAGAAUGCUGCAUUCUCAUGGAAUAGGAGCUUUUCUGAGUCACUAUUCUUCUGUUACUUGUUGUGACGCCAACUAGCCUGAAUUCAAACUUGCUAAGCUUUCAGUUCAUUUGGCAGAAUGCAUGCUCACACUGAAGGACACCACGUUGUCCCCAUGUCACUUACUCAGCUUUGUGUUACACAUCUUAUAAUGGAUGGGAAAGAGUUUUAUGGUGUUAAUUACAUCCAGGCACACAACCAUAGACUUUCAGUUUAGGAGGAGCAUCCUUAGAGAUUAAAUUCUUAGUAGCAAAUAGAUAACGCAUUAUCCACCUUUUAUAAACUUACAUGGCUGAUGGCUGUUCGAGAUUUCAUCCAUUUCCUAAGCAGUCACAGAAGCAGCUCUCUGUUCAGAAGUUCUCUAAAAACAAAGACUCAGUGUUAUUUAAAAAGUAGAUAUUAAAGUCUGGGGGCAGGGUAUGUCCUUAGGGUCUAGAUUUGCACUAUUUAGUAGAACAGUUUUUGCUCCUGUGUAAUUCCUACCAAAAAAAAUUAGAGCAUGCAUAACAGAGAAAUGCUGGGCUGUUACUCCUCCUUCCUAACACUGGGUAAGAAUCCUCACCCCCUUCAGCUUGGGGAAAUUCACUGGCACAGAAAGGUAUAAGUUACAUCUGUGUUCCAGCUUCAGAGAACUUGGCCGUAAGUACUUAAGCUGAGAAGACUUUACUUAUUCCUUUAAAGGACAGUGACAAAUUUUCUGCUUUCUCUGAUCUCAUACCAUAAAAGAACAAUCUUUAAGUCAAAGGACAGUUAAAUAAGUGUUUAUUUUACACUCUAAUUAUUAAAUGCAACUGCUUAAAAGUGAACAAUUGCUAUCAAGGAAAGCGCAUGUGAAAGUUGUAAAAUAAGAUAAAAAUUUAGGAUAGUGAAAAUGAAAAAAAAAAAAGUAGCUUUUAGCAGGACAAUUAAUCACCCUUCCCUUAUUCAUCAUAGAAUCAUGCAUGGUAACUGAAUUAAUGGUGAAACAUUCAGUAAUAGGCCUUAGUAAGGAAACAGGAGCAGUGUAUCAGGAUAUCCUUUUUCCGCCCCAGAGUACCAAUACUUUCAAUUUUAUAUACAACGGAAGUAAUUAAUUGUAACACAAAGAAGCACAGCUGUGUUUCCUGAUAGCCACACGUGCAAUAGCUACUAUUGUUUAGCAUUUGAGUGUGUACACUGAAAACUUUUCAACUGCUCUGAACAUUUUAUAUUUUGGGGAUUUAAUUUCCACUAAUAGUUUCUGAAUUUAUAGUGGAAUUUUAAUAUGCUAUUAUCUUAGGUUCGAUCCUGCAUCUCUAAUCAGGUAAUUUUUUGUUGAUGCCAGUGGGAGUUUAAACUGAAUUAGGUAGAGCUGCCAAAUCCAGAGAUUUGCAGACACAGGCCACUUUCACUAGAUGCAAAGGAAGUUAUAUAGACUAUUUGUCAGGAUGUGCUUUUAGUUGUGUGCAUUUCUUUUAACUUGUUCAAAUUCUAGUUCUAGUACGUAUUCAAGUAUCUUACAGACUAAGGGAGAAAAGCUUUAUUGCUGUAAUUUUAACUUCAUUACAUGUUUGCAGUCCUAUCAGCUGACUUCAGUGACUGAUAUACAAGCAUAUCUUUUCUUAUUAUUGAUUGAGUAGAUUUGUAUUAUUUUGGUUUUGCUAGAAUAUGAAGAAGAGAACUAGACUAUUUUGCUGCAUUUGUUCUUAUUUACCAGCAAUGCAUUGGUGGUUAAAGAUAGGUGUAACCUGAGAAAAUUAAGGAUUGAAUUGAAAUUAUUUGGUUCAUUUGUUUUGCAUGGGAUUCAGAUCAGUUCAGAUCAUUCUAGCAAGCUUGGAACAACACAGGAUUUUUAAUCUCAGAAAUGUCUGUCUUUGUAAAUUUUUACACUGCCCACUAUAGCUGCCAGAAACGUGUCUGCUUGAAUCCACGCCUCUUGAGGACAAAGCUGUUACAGAAAUUUUCUGUAUUGAAAAGAAUUCUCCUUGUUUAACAGGAAGUUUAAGAAAUAUUGCCUUUUUCAGUAUUGGUUCAGUUUCUGUUGCUGAAAAGAAUCGCUA